GUGUUGGUUCCUCCACAGUUGUGGCAUUUUCGGCUUUUCUCAAUGGCCGCUAUCCCCCUGCUGACCUGACCGGAGACAUCACUGUGUCCUACUGUUCGCCAACAGAGCUUAAUCCCAAAGGAGUUCCCAGGGUUCUUCAGUCCAGGUUCAGUCUUCCUCUGGCAUUGGUGUGUGUUCCUUCCUCUCCAGCAAAAACAACCAAGUUUAAGAUCACUGUGGACACCAACCAGCCACCAGUGGACCUCAACUCCAUCUUCCCAGAGUUUUCAGCAAAAUCAGAAGAUAAGGAUGGGAAUAGUUUGGCUUUCCAGUUCCUGUCAGGAGCCAAGGUUACUGUGCUGGCUUCUAAGACCUCCCAGCGUUACCGUAUUCAGAGUGACAGUUUUGAGGACAUGUGGUUGGUGGUGAAGGAGUUGGUCCAGAGAUUCGACCGGCAUUUCUCCAAACUGGGAGUCAAAGACUUCAAGAAAAGCUUCAGUGGGCCGCUACCGCUGCAGGAGUACUUCCUGUCUCUGGACCACCACUUCCAGCUGCGUGUCAGUGGUCAGCAGUACCAGGAUCUGCUGUCAGAGCGGGCUGUCCAAUUCAGAGCCAUCCAGCGUCGCCUGCUGACUCGAUUCAAAGACAAAACCCCGGCACCCCUGCAGAACCUGGACACAUUGCUGGAUGCCACUUAUAGCCAGGUCAGACACACACACACAGAGUCACAUAGUUCUGCUGGGAGACUGGGGUGCUCACAUGGGUAAUGAUGGCUGAUUGGAAGGAAAAGCUCGUCUGAUGUGGUUUCUGGAAGUAUCUUAAGGUAGAAACUUUUUAUGGAUAAGAGCCAGUUGAAGU